AGUGUUACUCCAAUUGUUUAUGGAUACUCUUCAAAGGUUUGAAUAGUCAAAAGUCAACUAAUCCUCCAUUUCCUAGUUCCCACUUAUUUACAAUGAUUAAUUUGAAGUCAUCAUCAACCUCUUAUCAUCAUCCAACUUCAAGAUUCCCUCAUCACUGACAGUUCUGGAGUAGAAUAUGGUGGACGCAGUGGUCACUGUGUUUUUGGAAAAACUUUUCAAUGUCCUUGUUCAGGAGGGUGGUGUUUUACUUGGUUUCAAAGAUCAGUUUAAGAAGCUACAAAAUGAUCUCAAAUACAUGCAAAGCUUCUUUAAAGACGCCGAGAGGCUCAAAAGGAAAGAUGAGUCUCUAAAAUGCACUCUGGCCGACAUGCGUGAGCUGGUAUAUGAAGCUGAAGACAUACUUGCAGAUUGCCAGCUUUUGUCAAAUAGUUCUGGAAAACUUCUUGAAGACUAUUCUCCUACAAAGGUUCCAGCCAAAUACCAAAUGGGGAAAAGAAUUGGUGAAAUCAAUGAAAAGAUCAAUAGCAUUAAAAAUAACAUCUCAUCUUUUCUUGGGCCUCUUCAACCUGUCCAUGGUAAUGUAGAAGAAGAGGGACCACCCAGAUGGAGUUCUCCCGUCUACGAUCACACCCAGGUGGUUGGAUUAGAACGCGAUACAAGAAAACUCAAAGAUUGGUUAUCCCAAUCAGAUAGCAGUGGCAUACUAUCCAUUGGAGUUGUGGGUAUGGGUGGACUGGGGAAAACCACUGUUGCUCAAACGGUCUUUAACGACAAGGACAUUGAUCUUCGGUUUGAGAAGAGAAUUUGGGUCUCUGUAUCUCAGAAGUUUAAUGAAGAGCAGAUAAUGAGGAGCAUCUUGAGAUACCUCGGAGACACUAACAUUGGGGAUAAUCAUGGUGAUUUACUAAGGAGGAUAAACCAAUACCUUUUAGGCAAGAGGUUUCUGAUUGUGUUGGACGAUGUAUGGAGUGAGGAUACUUCAUGGUGGGUGAGAAUUUAUGAGGGUUUACCAAAAGGAAAUGGGAGUUGUAUUAUUGUGACCUCUAGAAUCGAGGAAGUUACUAGAAAAAUGAGAGUGCAGGAAGCAAGAAUUCAUCGGCCCCAAGUCUUGAAUGAGGGUCACAGUUGGUCACUUUUCUGCAAUGUAGCUUUUGCAGAAACACAUGGUGAAUGUACAUCGACUGAACUUGAGAGCGUUGGUAAGGAGAUUGUCUCCAAAUGCAGAGGCCUUCCACUGGCAAUCAAGGCAGUUGGAGGAAUGAUGCUAUGCAAGCCACCAUACUAUCACGAGUGGAGAAGGAUUGCAGAUCAUUUCCGGGAUGAAUUGGGUGUUGAAGACAACUCUGUCAUGGCUUCCUUGCAGUGUAGCUAUGAUGAGCUCCCACCUUACUUGAAAUCUUGCUUCCUCUCCCUUUCCAUUUAUCCUGAAGACUGUGAAAUUAGUAAAGACCAAUUAGUCCGAUGGUGGAUUGGGGAAGGGUUUGUGCCUGUGAGAAAUGGUAGGCUAGCAACUGAAGCUAGUGAGGAUUGCUUCUCUGGUUUAACUAAUAGGUGCUUAGUUGAAGUGGUCGAGUGGGAUUAUAAUGGAAAAAUAUCUACUUGCAAAGUCCAUGAUAUGGUCCGAGAUCAGGUAAUCAAGAUUGCAGCUGAUGACGCCUUCUCUGGAUUAAGUGCUGCUCAUUGUCGUCAUCUGGGGCUUACCACAGACAUGGAGGAAAAGCAGAUGGUUACGAGCAAAAAAAUGCGGGCAUUGGUAUCCACCUCCAAAAGUGGUGAAGUGAACAAAAUUGCUACAUGUAUUGGGAAUAAGUUGUGUGAUUUUCGGUACCUGCGAGUGCUGGAUUUGUCGAAAUCUAUCUUUGGAGUGCUUCUUGCCGACCUACUGUGCAAGGUUGGCGGGUUAAAACACUUGACAUGCUUCAACUUAAGCAACACCCACCCAUUGACUCAAGUUCCUCAAACAUUAGAGAAACUUCAUAACCUUCAGAUAUUGGAUUUAAGUUACUGUCAGAGUCUAAGAUCCCUUCCUGCUUUUGUCAUGACUUUCAAGAACCUAGUGGUGCUAGACGUGAGUCAUUGUGGGUCCCUUGAGCUCCUGCCAAGAGGCUUGGGGAUGCUAUCACAUCUUCAAGUGCUGUUAGGAUUCAAGCCAGCUAGGCUGGAAAGCGAAGGUUCUAGAAUCUCUGAGUUGAGAAACUUAAGUGAUCUGAGGAUACUGGAACUGCAACUGACUCGAGCUGAUGAAAUCGAUGAUGCUGAGACUGAUGCCUUGACUGGCUUAAGAAAGAUGCAGAUUUUGACAAUAAGUUGUUUUAACAGCUUUGAGAGUGAUAAACUCAUAUCUAAACUUGAGAAAGUCUGCCCACCCUCACAGCUACACGAGUUGUCUCUUAAAUUUUACCCCGGAAAAAUCAGCCCAAAAUGGCUUAACCCGGUUUCUCUGCCUAUGCUCAGAUACCUUUCACUAUGCGGAGGAAACCUAAGACAGUUGAGCAGAGGUUUCUGGGGAAAUGAUGAAACUUCUUGGAGAAUUGAGGGCUUGAAGCUGGAUUCACUGUCUAAUCUGAAUGUAGAAUGGGAGAUGAUUCAAGGAGUAAUGCCAUCCUUAAAAACCGUGCACGCUUGUUGGUCUCCCGAAUUGAUAGCCUUCCCAAUAGAGGGAAUUGGUUUCAGAGGUGGUGUAUGGAAGAAGAGUGACCGGAACAACUAAAUCAAAGAAAGAGAAAAUAGAUUUGCACUCCUCAUUGCCAGGUAUAGAACUCUGCAGUUUCGAACCUGUAUCUUGUUAACUUUGAGAUUUUAUGUUGAAAUAUUUGUGUUUUCCCCUUUCUGAUGCAUUUCAGAUUAUCAUUUUCACUGUUUUGAUUUAUGUUCAUUUGGUUUAUAGAGCAAGAUCUCUUUCCUUAUUGGGAUAUUGCAUUAUUGUAUGCCGGAGUGCAUUUUUCUCCGUAUGUUAACAAUGUGUAUGAUUGCAGUAUAUUCAUAGAAUCACCAUUUCUAUCA